AUUGAAACCGAUUUUUGUAAAGGUAGGGGAGAAUUUCCGGAAGUAAAUACUGAUUUGGGAAAAAUUAGGGGCAGCUACAGGGUAAGCGUAUUGGGAAGAAAGUAUGCAGCUUUUGAGGGGAUUCCUUAUGCGGAACCACCAAUUCAAGAAUACAGAUUUGAGGAGCCUCAAGAAAAAAGGCCAUGGCAAGGAAUAUGGAUUGCAAAUAAUACAUACACAUGUCUACAAUUACAUCACGCUAAAAUAGAUGACAAUUACAAAAUUGAGGGUCAAGAAGAUUGUCUUUAUAUUAAUAUUUACUCACCACAAAUAAAAAGAAAAGAUCUAGAUGUGAUUGUAUUUAUACAUGGGGGUGCGUUUAUGUUUGGUAAUGGACAUUUUUAUGAACCUGAUAUUCUCAUGGACAAAGACGUGGUGUAUGUAAGUCUCAAUUAUAGGGUUGGAAUUUUAGGUUUUCUGAGCACGGAAGAUAGUGUAAUACCAGGAAAUUUUGGCUUAAAGGAUCAAUUAAUGGCCUUAAAAUGGAUACAAAAAUAUAUAAGUGCGUUUGGGGGAAAUACCGAUUCAGUUACCAUAACAGGAAUGUCUGCAGGAGGAGCUAGUGUUCAUAUUCAUUAUUUAUCACCACUUUCAGAAGGGCUCUUUCAUAAAGGAUACUCUCAAAGUGGCACGGCAUUAAAUCCCUGGGUUUUGGUGGAGAAUUCUCUUGAAAAAGCAAAACUAGCGGCCCAUUAUUUGGGAUGUCCAUCUGGUUCGUCCGUGGAAAUAUUAGAAUGCUUGAGACAGAGGCCCGGAUUACAAAUUGUAGAAACAACACGAAAAUUUUUUUCGUGGCUCUACAACCCAUUUUCACCAUUUGGAGUAGUAGUUGAUAAAUGGUCAAAAAAUCCGAUACUCCCGGACCAUCCAAUAAAAAUACUUGAAAGCGGAAAAGUAAAAAAUUUACCGUGGAUAUUCUCGAUGACGGAAUCAGAAGGACUUUAUCCCGCUGCAGAAUUCGUAUCUAACUCUCGUUUCUUGCAAGAAAUACAAGAGCAGUGGGACACAUUGCUACCUCACAUCCUUGAUUUCAAUCAUACCCUUUGUUCGGAAAAAUUAAAUCCAGUGGCACAAGAAAUUCGGGAUUACUAUUUUAAGGAUAAACCAAUAUCAGAAAAUUCGUUUUCGACAUUAGUGAAGUUGAUAGGAGAUAGACUAUUUGUAGUCGAUAUAGAAACAGCAGCUAAAUUGCAGGCAUCUAGAAGUUCAUCACCUGUCUACUUCUACUACUUUACAUACAUUGGAACACACAGUUUAUCAGAUUUUUUAUCCGGAAAUACUGAAAAUUAUGGUGCAAGUCAUGGAGACGAUACAUUGUAUGUUUUAAGAACCCACAUGCAAAAGAAUUGUACCGAGGAAGAUAUAAAAAUGGCGAGCCUAAUGAGAGACCUCUGGUCUUCAUUCGCUCAUAUAGGCAUUCCUCAUAUAAAUGAUGUAAUUUGGCAACCGAUUUCUCGGAAUAAAGCCCAUCCACUCAAAUACUUACACAUUGGGUCACCAUCGAGACUUCAAAUGGCCGCUAACGAUAAUUUAGGAAAUAAGGAAUUCUGGGACUCCCUGCCGUACAAAGAAAAUUAUAAAUUGUUCAAUCAAAAAGAUGAACUUUAAAUGAGUUCUGUCUGGUCGUAAAUAUUAAAGGUUAACUUUUUAAUGUGUAUUAACUUAAUAACAACUAAUAUGGCAACACUGGUAGUAACUUCUACGUCAUAAUU